UCUUAAAUCUUCUUCUUGCGCCGGCCGCUUGUUUGAUACUCGCAGUUGCCUCAUUCAUUUCACUAUCUUCAAUUUACAACUUUUAUAUAAUUUCCAAGUCUCCUACUUAAACGUCCAACCAAAAUGCGUUACUCAAUCAUCGCCAUUGUAGCCAUGGCUGCUCACGCCUCCGCCCACGGCGUCCUCACCGAGAUCCAGGGUGCCAACGGAGUCAAUAUGCCUGGUCUUUCUGUCCAGGAUGGCACUCCCCGCGACUGUGCUACCCCCGGCUGCGGCUCUGAAGCCGACACCUCCAUCAUCCGCGAGCGAGAAAUGGGAGGCAAAGCCUCAGCCCUCGGCCGCACUCAAGGCGGCGGAGCCGUCGAUGCGGCUUCGGCCAUUGCCUCCUUCAUGGGUACUGGUAACGGUAAUGGCAAUGGCAAGGCUACAGGCAACGCCAACGGCAAUGCCAACACCGCUGGAACCGGCAAGAAAGCCAACAACAAUGCCAACAACGCCAACAACAACAAACGCCAACUCCUCGCCGGCCUCCUCGGCGGCGGCAAGAAAGGCAACGGCAACGGCGGCGCCUCCGACGGCUCCAAGACCUCCAAGGGCACCUCCGAGCAAGGCGUGGCCGCCGCCGCAGGAACAGGCGCCUCCUCAGGCCUCCCCACGACCUCCGACGACGGCACCAUCACCAUGACCUACCACCAAGUCAACCAAGACGGUGCCGGGCCCCUCACCGCCUCCAUCGACGCCACAUCCGGCGGCACCGACCCCUCCGCCUUCCAGACCGCAAAGGUCGUCCAGGACGUCCCUGGCAUCGGCAUCGGCGGGCUGUCUGGUGCGACUACGACGGACUUCCCAGUCAAGGUGCAGAUGCCCGCCGGUAUGACAUGCCAGGGCAGCGUUGGCGGUGCCCAAAACGUCUGCAUCGUGCGCAUGCAGAACUCGGCGCUCGCCGGGCCGUUUGGCGGGUCUGCGGCGUUCACGCAGAGUAAUGCCGCGAAGAAGAGGGCCGUCGAGUUUAACCUCAGGAAGAGGCAUUUCGCGAGGGGCAUUUUGGGAAUGGCUGAUGCUGACGAGUAGAGGCGAAGACAGUUCUAUGAGAGCUUCCUAUGGUUGUAUAUCUGUCGAGCUGGUCGUACUUGUACAUAGACUCCCCAUUUCCUUCCUCUUUCCU